GGGGAGGGGGCGUGGGAAGGAACGUGUCGCCCCCGGGUUGUUUUAUAGCGCUUAAAGGCUAACAAAGCGCUUCUUGCUCUCUGCCAGCCGUAGGCCCCAUUUUACAGAGGAGGAAACUGAGGCUUGCUGAACAGCGCCACGUCCAGUCAGUGAGCAUUUAUUAAGCACUUAGGAUGUGCCGGGGAACAGAAAUCACACCCUGCCCUCGAGGGGCAAACAGCCCAUAAAGGGCUGGUCAGGGGAAGGUGGCACAGCCCAGAGACAGAAGGAUGGAGGUCUGGGGGCCCUCGGGGUCAGAAGAGACCGGGCCUUAUUCUUCCAGUUGUCCCUGCCCGGCUCAUUAGUCACUCUAUCUGUGCUUGGUGAAUUGAAUUGAAACCCAGCUAUCCAAGAUCGUGGACUGAAAGGGAACUUGGAAAACCCCUCCUCUUACAGAUGGGGAAACUGAGGCCUCAUAUGGCACAGGCCCAGACCUUGGCUGGCCCUCGGAUAGCACGCAUGCAUUACGUCUCUGCACAAAGGUCAGAGAGGGCCGUCUUGAGCACAGCAGAAAGCCGGGCUCAAGAGAGGUCUGAGAGCAUUGGGCAGACCUUAAGGAGAGGAAGAGUCUUGUACGUGGGCAUUAUCGGGAGCUGCUCUGAAAGGCACUUUAAUGGCAUCUGGGGCUGCUGGAGAAGGGACCCGACAAGCCCAGGCAGACCUCCUUUGGGCUCUGAGCUGGCUUCCAUUCUGGGCAUCCCCGUUUAAGAACGUGGAGAAGGUGGAGAGGGUCAGAGGAGGGCAUGAUGACCAAAGACGAUCUGGUUCUCCUGGAUUGGAAGCGUGUGAAGGCCCUUCUGUGUUCUGCUCGGCCCACAUCAGUACACUAGACAGGAUGAUGGAGUGCUUCGUGCAGCCCACUGGGCUGGGCCAUAUGUGCAUAGAGGGCAGAUGCUGUCAUCGACCUGGGAAGCUGUGCCUUCCUGAGAUUUUUGUCUUUCCAUCAGAAGAGCUGGAUAUGGCCACUGUCGGCCUCCCUGCCAAGACCCAGGACUCAGUGACCUUCAAGGAUGUGGCUGUGGACUUCACCCGAGAAGAAUGGGAACGACUGAAUAGCACUCAGAGGGAUCUGUACAGGGAUGUGAUGCUGGAGAACUAUAGGAACCUGGUCUCUCUGGGACUUGCAGUUUCCAAACCUGAUAUAAUCUUCCAGCUGGAACAAGAGAAGGAAUUGUGGAUGCUCAAGAGAAAAGUCCUAAGAAGCACCCGCCCAGCGCAGAAAACUGAGAACAAAAUGGCAGUUCCAAACAAGGAUAUCUCUGAAGAAAAAUCAUCCCAUGGAGACAAAGUGGCAAACCCUGGGAGGAGUAAUACUUUGGAUUCUAAUCCAGGAGAAUCUACUUGUUUAAGUGAUGGCAAGUUGGAGACAAAACCAAAAAGCAAGACCCAUUUGAGGGAUGUAACAGUCACUCACAAGAAAAUUCCAGCUGGACAAAGAGGCCGAAAACUCAAGAAAAUUGUUGAGAAAUUUCAGUCUAAAAUCAGUUCUUAUAGAAAAAAGAGAUAUCCUUCAGGAGAAAAACCCCAUAAAUAUGAUUCACCUAGAAAGCUCUUCAAACAGAAUUCCUGCCUGAGUAGACAUAAGGAGAUUUAUUCAGGAGAAAAGCCUCGUAAAUGCAUUGAAUGUGGGAGAAGCUUCAGCAGCAAUACACACCUGGAAAACCAUCGGAGAACUCAUUCUGGGGAGAAGCCAUAUAAAUGUAGUGAAUGUGGAAAAGCCUUCAAUUAUGCUUCAUCCCUUACAAAACAUCAUAGAAUUCAUACAGGAGAGAAGCCCUAUAUAUGUAAAGAAUGUGGGAAAGCCUUCAGUGAGAGCUCAAACCUUAUUCAACAUAGGAAAAUUCACACUGGAGAAAAACUCUAUAAAUGUAAUGAAUGUGGGAAAGCCUUCAACAAGAAUUCAUCGCUUACUCAACAUCUCAGAAUUCAUACAGGAGAGAAGCCCUACAAAUGUAAGGAAUGUGGGAAAGCCUUCAGUGAAUACUCAAACAUGAUUCAACAUCAGAAAAUUCAUACGGGAGAAAAGCUUCAUAAAUGUAAUGAUUGUGGGAAAGCCUUCAACAAGAAUUCAGCCCUUACUCAACAUCUAAGAAUUCAUACAGGAGAGAAGCCCUACAGAUGUAAGGAAUGUGGGAAAGCCUUCAGUGAAAACUCAUCCCUCACUCAACAUCUGAGAAUUCAUACUGGUGAAAAACCCUAUGAAUGUAAGGAGUGUGGGAAAGCCUUCAACCGGAGCUCAUCUCUUAAUAAGCAUCAAAAAAACCAUUCUGGAAAGAAGCCCUAUAAAUGUAAAGAAUGUGGAAAAGCUUUUGGCCAGAGUACCCACCUUGCUCGACAUCAGAGAACUCAUACUGGAGAAAAACCUUAUGAAUGCGAAAAAUGUGGGAAGGCCUUCAGUCAGGGUACACAUCUUACUAAACAUCAGUUCAUUCAUACUGGAGAGAAACCUUAUGAAUGUAAUGAAUGUGGAAAAGCCUUCAGUGAGAACUCAUACCUUAUUAAACACCAGAAAAUUCAUUCAGGUCAGAAAGCUUAUAAGUGUAAGGAAUGCGGGAAAACCUUCAGUGACUGCUCAACCUGUAUCCGCCAUCAGAGGACCCACACCGGAGAGAAGCCCUACAAAUGUAAGGAGUGUGGUGAAGCCUUUACUAGAAGCACGUCCCUUAUUGAGCACCAGAGGACUCACACUGGCGAGAAGCCCUAUGACUGUAACGAGUGUGAGAAAGCUUUCACACGCCGCUCAUCCCUUAUUAAACACCAGAGAGUUCACACUGGUGAGAAGCCCUAUGAAUGCAGUGCGUGUGGGAAGGCUUUCAGUCAUGGCUCAGCCCUCAUCAUUCAUCAGAGGAUACACACUGGAGAAAAGCCCUAUAAGUGUAACCAGUGUGUCAAGGCCUUCAGUAACAGCUCAGCUCUUAUCAGGCACCAGCAGCAUCACAACGUAUAGCAGAGUCAUGGUCUUGCUGGGGCUGUUUUGGAUGCUGACCCCCAUACAUACAUACAUGUAGACAGGAACAGUCACCUUGCUGCUUCUGCCUUCAAGGACCCAUGGAGGCCAGGCCUGUGACGGGCCUCCCCUCCAACAGAAAGGGAACAGGAAGCCUCUUGGCUGGUCUUUGUGCCUGUCCUCUCAUUGGAUUUCUUGUGACCUACCUGCCCUCCAGAUCACCUGCUCUGGGGAUUUGUCAUCCCCUGGCCUGGGUUCCUUUCUGUAACUUAUGUUUAUAGGUGCCCUCUCUCUGAUGUUUGUGGUCCUUGUGCUCAUGGAGGAGUCCCUUUACUCAAGAAUAACCCCAACUCCAGAUCGGUUUGAAUCUCCUGAUUGACUGGUGUCUCCCAUCCUAUUUCUUUUCUUCUUAACUUUGUCACUGCUAUUCCAUGUGUCCAGUGUCUCAAGCUUGGCCACUUGUCUCACCAUUCUCUCCUUGGCCAUUGCACCCAUUCCCAUGAAUUCAAUAAUCAUUCUAUUUAGAGGUUCAGGGUGGGGGAGGGUGGGGUGUGCAUGUGCACACAUCAUACCGGUCUCUCCCCUAACAUCUAGUCUUGCAUUUCUAGCUGCCUCCUAUACAGCUCCACAUGAAUGACCCACCAAAGCCUCAAAAAGAUACUUCCAAAACCCAAAUCAUCUCCCCCUAAAAACCUGCCCAUUCAGAGUUCUCUUUCUGCUUAUAAUCCUACCGUCCCACCAGCCUCACAGCUUUGAAAUCUCGAUGUCUACACUGUGCGGUGGAGAAAGUGCUGGAUUUGGAAUCCAGAAAGCAUGUCUUCACAUCCUGCCUCUCAUUCUUAACUAGGUAUGUGACCAUGGACAAGUCAGCUAGGAAAGUUGAAAACCAACCAAGGAACCAGUCUCCCAGGCAUGAUGAGAUAAUUAGGAUCAUGGGUUAAAAGCUGGAGGUGACUUCAGAGACCUUGUAGGCCUAGGAUUCUUGACCAUGGGGCCAUUAUUUUUUUUUUAUUGUUUGGAUAAGUGUUCCAGUAUAAUUGGAGUUUAUUCAUUUUAAAACCUUAUUCGGAGGAGAGGCCUGUAGGCUUUGCCUGAUUGCAGAAGGCCCAGUCUGGUCCAACCUUCCCAAUUAAAGCUGAAGCAGCAGGUGCAGGGUGGUCGAGGACUGUGUGUGAAGAGUGGACAAGUGGGGCUGCCAUGUGCAGGCUGGCUGUUGUGUCUAGCUCUUGGUACGGAAUGUCCAAGUGGCCACGGACUCCGGGAAGUGGGCUCAUGCCCAUUUUAACUAAAUGGAGCAAAACAGAAUUCUUUUCUUUGUUCUUUACUUUCUUGUCCGCUGCAUUCACAGCCCCACAGACUCUUCUCCUGGGCUUUUCCACUCUUGUAUUUAUAGUCAUUGGAUCUUUGAUUGAAAGCUGGAAGGGACCUGAGAGUCCUCCUCAGCCAACCCCUUUAUGUGACAGAUGAGGAAACUAAGGCCCAGAGCUGUAAAGUCGCUUACCUACAGCCACACAGUAACAGAAGCAUUCAACCCCAAGUCCCUUUGACUCCAAAGCCAGUGGCUUCCCAAGGGAUGGCAGUGCCGCACUGUCCAUUCAUUUUUCAAUGCCACAGUGAUUGGUAGGUUCCCCAAGCUUCUAUCACCACCUCUUUAGACAAACCCCCUUUAUCCUCCUCAGAACUGUUUCUCUUCGUUUCUUCAAAAUUUCAUUCUUGAGAGCUUCCCAUGCCUUCUGGGCAAACUGGUGUCAAAUCUGAGUCAUUAGCAUUUGCCCAUUCUUUCUCUGAGCAGCCCUUUGAAUGUGUUCUACCCAAACCUGGGGUGAAUGGUGGCCUCUGCCCAUCCUCCCCACCCUGCCCCUUGUUGGUAAGGAUUGCAUCCAGAAUAGAAUUUCCCCUUAUUGCCCCCUCUGCCUUUCGAAGGAGGAAAUUGUCAAAAGUCCAGCGAACGUCUGCUUUGGAUUCAAGUGGGUAGACAUGCAGGGAACUGAAGUUGCCUGUCCCUGCUGGAGUAUGCCCCUGUGGCCUGUGAUUUGUGCCCCAGCCUCCUCUGGGUUUUUCUUCUGUCCAGAGGCUCUGUAGUUAGCCAUUUUCUGCUAGCAACAGCCUGCACACAGUCCACCUUCCAUCCCCACACCCCAGAGUGCCUGGAUUACUUCCUUACUCCACAGAGACUUUCUCUAACAUAAAAUGUAAGCCAGCCCCCUGUAAUCUACCUUAUUAUUAUUUUUUUAUUAUUAUUAAGGCAUGGGUCUUCUCCCACGGAGUCUCAUGAUUCAACAUCCCGUGUGGCUUCUUGCUAGGAUCUGUGGUUCAUCUCACUCAUUAGCAGUGGUUUGUCCAUGGGUGUCCACACGUCCAAGGCCUGGGGUUUUGUCACAUGCUCGUAUCUGGGAUUUUUGUCUCUGGUGGACUUCCUUCUUGGUAUCUACCAAUACUGUUCCUUCUGGCUGAGUGAGUACACAGAGUUGGUUUUCCCAUAUCUCUUUCCUUUUCAAUAUUAAUGUCUUUGUGAGUGGAUUUGCAAGACUUUAGGCAAACACAUUCUUGUCUUUACCUUUUUUAUUUUUUUACCCUGAAGGUAACGGACACCAAAAAAUGAGAACAUUUCCAGAUACAGAGUAAAACAGAAAAAGGAUUAUGUGUAAAAACAUAAAUCUGUUCCAUGUAGCUUGCUUUUUUAAAGGGAUAUAAUAAAUUCAGCCUGUCCCUUCCAAGUUGUCCCACUUGUCUUCUUUUUCCUCUGAACUUCUUUCUCUUCUGGGCAUUUUUAACAGAGGCUUCAGUGACUCUCUUGGGUUUUUUUCUGUGGCCAC